AUGGCUUCGCAGACCAGCACCGAAACAAUGGACAACACAAGAACAGAGCGGUUGGCAAUCUGGGCCGCCAAUCUCAAGUUCACCGACCUGCCGACGGAUGUGGUUGAGAAAACGAAAGACUUUUUCGUGGACUGGCUAGGAUGCACUAUAGCAGGUCGGCAUCAUCCUGCAGUUCAAGCAAUUUCCAAGUUCGCGUCCCAUAUGGGCCCGUCUAGUGGAAAGAGCGAAGUUCUCGAUGGAGCCCUCGGCUUUACGACGAGCGCCGCGUUUGCUAGUUUGGUGAAUGGUGCGUCAUCUCACGUCGUGGAGCAGGAUGAUCUUCACAAUCGAAGUAUUAUGCAUCCAGCCACGGUGAUCUUCCCGGCUGCCCUCGCCGUAGCUCAGGAUGUGGAGGCUACUGGCGCGGAAUUCAUUGCAGCGUGCGUGGUUGGCUACGAAGUAGGGUGCCGAGUGGGCAGAUAUUUGGGUAAAACCCACUAUGAGGUGCUCAACCUUCGUUCACGCUUCCAUUCCACGGCAACUGGUGGUGUAAUUGGAGUAGCCGCUGCGACUGCACAUCUUCUAAAGCUAGAUGCCGAACAGAUGCUGUCGGCAAUCGGGACCGCUGGUACCCAGGCCGCAGGGCUCUGGCAAUUCUUGAUAGACGCGACACACUCGAAGCAAGUGCAUACGGGGAAGGCUUGCUUCGAUGGGAUUUUCGCUGCAUACACUGCUCGCGACGGACUUCUCGGCACAAGAGACAUUCUGGAGGGACCGCGCGCGAUGGGCGUGACACUGGUUCCCGGCACGACGAAUGCUGAGGCUAUUGAUGGGGAUCUCGGCAAUGACUAUGAGAUCCUGCACUCCAGUUUCAAAUGGCAUGCCUCGUGUCGACAUACUCACCCUAGCGCCGAUGCACUUCUCAAGUUGAUGAAGAAUCAUAACCUUGUCUUUGAGGACAUCGAGUCGGUCGUUGCCCACACCUACCAGGCCGCGAUCAACGUGCUCGGCAUGACGGGUAAAGGAGAAACCGUACAUCAAAGCAAAUUUUCCAUGGGCUUUGUGCUGGCCGUUGUCGCCAAAAAGGGUCAAGCGAUGAUCACGGAUUUUGGCGAGGACGACCUUGAAGAUAGCUCCUUGAGAGAAUUUCAACAGCGUGUGAAGAUGGAACUCGACCCUGAGAUUGAUCGAGCUUUUCCCGAGAAGUGGAAGGGCACGGUCGAUGUCCGAACGAAGGAUGGGCAGUCGUUCACAGAGUCUGUCGAGUUUGCCAAGGGAGACCCAGAACUUCCUUUGACCAGGGACGAGAUCGAAAGAAAAGUUCACAAUCUUGCCAAGUAUGGCGGAUUCAAAGACACUCAGAGGGUCCAGCAACUUAUCGAGAGGGGCUGGAGGUUGAACACAGACUUGAACUUGGCCGGGUUUGUCUUUGGAUCUUCAUCAAAACCUCGAGGUUGA